AGCCUACAAGCCUCGAGCACACCAGCUACAAGCAACUCUACAGGCGUCCAGCCUACAAGCCUCGAGCACACCAGCUACAAGCAACUCUAUAGGCGUCAAGCCUACAAGCCCCGAGCACACCCUCCGGCCUACGCAGCCGAACGCGAGGGCCACAAUCUACAAGCCGCUCCCCCGCUUCAAGCCAGCACUGCUACGAACACUGCAAGCCACUCCACGAUACGGCGGAAGUAUUCACACCAGCAAGGAGGAGGCACGCCCCGCUGACCUUGGGACACCCCGCAUGCCCCUCGCUCCACAGCUGGCGGCACCACCGCCGCUGCCGGGAGCAUCGGCCCAAACCUCUUCCGGCAAACAGUCAGCAAGGGUACCCGCGGCCAUCUCCCGGUGACUGCAAGCUGUUCCCACUACCGUUUCUUGCUAGGCGUCUUCUCAAGAGGUUACACACCCAAGUCGUCUUAUCUGCCACCGCCGCCCAUCUCUUACUAUAACAAGGACGACGCGGCCAUCAUUCGUCUGGCGGCAGUGUACCGGCUCCCAGCCGCCGCAACCGCGGCCGCUCAAAUUGCUGGGUCAGCAGUUUUUCAACCGCCAUUGCGAGUCCUCCGAUGUCAGCCCAUCCCUCACCUCUCACCGCCGCUGUGGCCGCGGCCGAGGUUUCCUGACGCGCCUACAACGACUGCACGUCACCCAGGGCAUCACAAGCCGUCGCCCUCUCCACUACAUCAGCUGAUUAAUCUUGUUGGCUCGUCCUUCAAGUGAAGAGGGACUGGAACACGAUACCACAACCGGUGAAUUUACUAAGGUAAUCUUAUGUUCAGGCACUCAUUAUUUAUCAAUUACAGGCCGCGAACUUCGUUCACCCCCGGGUUCGUCUGCAUACUUACAACCCACUCAAGGUUCAAGGACACCCUCACCGGCAUCCCCUCGCACCGGCCGCAGUAUUACAGGCUCAAAAUCAUGAUGUUGCGUUUUCUGACCAUCUUGUUGUCCCUCGGCUCCCUGCUUGCAACAACACCCAUCCACCUGAAGCCUGGUGCCCUCACGGCACACAUAGGAGAGGUCUUCCUCAUAGAAGAUGUGCUCCUCGUAAAAUAUCCAUAUACUUCCUUGACCAACACCACGGACACAAUCAGGAUAGUCUCAGAAAAACUACUCGGCAUGGCAGACGCCAUCCGGGCUACCAAGACUAGGGAAUCAAAGGCUCCUUCUAGUACCAACUCUCUGACUCUUUUUCAACUACUGGAGGAUAGGAUUCUGUUCUUACGGGGAAAAGAUGAUGAGGUAAACAUGGAUUAUAGUUUUCACUCAGUUCACUCUCGGGUAAAGAGGGGGUUGCUCAACAUCGUGGGGUCCGCCUCAAAGUUCCUUUUCGGUACGGCUACCGACGAGGACGUUCGCGAUUUGCGGGACCACUACGCUCAUGUACUUUCCUUUGCUGCUCGAAAUCGCAGGGUGAUCAAUGCCAAUUGUAGGAAACUUGCGCAAUUGCAUACUAACAUUGCGGUCCUGCUAGAGCAGACAAAUAAGAUGGUAGAGGUUAUCAACAUAGUUGUCAAACAGAUCGACCAGGUGAAUCAGUUUCUCCUCCUAGAUCAGGCCUUGCAUGUAUUGGAAAACGUCAUUACCUCCGUCGCAACGGCUAAUCAGCAGGUUAUUAGCAACAUGGUUGAUGCAGCGCACGGUAGAGUCACACCUGCCUUGUUCCCUCUACACGAUUUGAGAACGACUGUCCAGAUCGGGUAUCAAAAUUAUAGCCUGACGCCUUUAUUCACCCCGGACAUGAGUCAAUAUUUUUACCCCUUGAUUGAGUCCAGCCUCACCCCUGAUGCCAUAAUCAUUCAUGUUCCGUUUCAGACGGCGGACGUGUUUGAGGCACACGAAAUUGUCCCGUUCCCUUUUUCGGCAAAGGACAGUGUGUUGGCCCUGGACACGUCCCCGUCUCUUGUUCUAAUCGCGAAGGAUUUCGCUCUGUAUUCAACGGGUAACUACUCACUCUUGCAGUAUUGCAAGGAGACGGUCUUCGGGCGAUUCUAUUGCUCUGCGUCUCUCUUUGCCUUCCUUCCAGUUCGGGGAGGGGUAUGCGAGAUCGCCCUCAACCGCGUGAACGCGUCUGACGCUCUUUCCCUGUGCCCUUACAAGCAGCUAACACCAACGCCUGUUUUCCAUAAGAACUUUCAGGGUCUGCAUUAUUUUUAUUUCCCUCAGUCCUUCUAUGUAUCGGUCAUCUGCCCGGAGGGUACCACUUAUCAACGGGUUACUGGUCACUAUGCCAUAGCGGAAGCAUGCUAUAUCCGCUCCACUAACAUAACAACGUACCCGUCCCUCAGUAGUUUGUUCAAGAAGUGUAAACAGUUUCAAGUCAUCAUUAGAUAA